ACUGCUCUCGCUCUCUCUUUUGAAAUCGAAAACAAGGAAUUAGCUAUUUUGAUUCACAGUGCCGGCUACAUGAAUUGGCAAAUAAGCGUAGAAUUUCAGUCACAGGAGCAUCCAAGCUGUUGGCAAACAUUCUUUACUCUUACCGUGGGAUGGGACUGUCGGUCGGCACAAUGAUUGCUGGAUGGGAUGAAACGGGUCCUGGGUUAUACUAUGUUGACAGUGAAGGGGGAAGGUUGAAGGGAACACGUUUUUCUGUUGGAUCUGGUUCACCUUAUGCUUACGGUGUACUAGAUAGCGGGUAUAAGUAUGAUAUGUCUGUAGAAGAAGCUGCAGAGUUGGCCAGAAGAGCUAUUUAUCAUGCAACAUUCCGAGAUGGAGCCAGUGGUGGAGUUGCUAGCGUUUAUCACGUGGGACCAAAUGGAUGGAAGAAGCUGUCUGGCGAUGACGUGGGAGAUCUCCACUACAAGUACUACCCUGCAAUGCCAAGUACAGAGCAAGAGAUGGAGGAAGCAUAAAUUUCUAGAUGUGUUUGUACUCUGGAUUGAUAAUCAAAUUUACUUAUAGAACCUGCACUGCUUCUAUGAUUUUCUAGUUUUGUAACCGUUUGUCAUUGACAAUGCUCUGAAAUUUUAAUGAAGCCGUACUUAAGCUGCAGUCUUUGGGUCACAAAGGGAACAAUGGUUAUUCCUUAAUCAAUCAUCAAGACAAUG